AAUAUAGCUAACUUGAAUAAUUUAUUUUAUUGUAUGCUAUUUUACGUACAAAGAGUACUAGGGAGUAUAUAUUUGAAUAAUUUAUAGAGGCUCUAAUUUAUAUAGAUAUUUUCUUAAAGAAAAAAGAAUACUGGUAUUGGUGCUAAUUAUUUAAACGAUUGUAAUAAUAAUGUUACGUAUUUUUCUUGUCAACAUAAUGCUAUGUUUUUUUUCCGGGGAAAUUACAGUAAUUUUUUUAAUAUAACAGUAGUAAAAAAAAAUUAAAAAGGAAAAAAAUCAUAUCUCCAUGGUGGAUUAAAAACGAAAACAUAACAUCGUCACCCUCACAGAUUGUUCACCUUAGAAAGAAAGAAAAGACCCAAUCACAUCACAUAUUAUUUCCCCCAGAUCCAUCCAUCCCCAUUCAAAACAAUGCCAUCUCCAAAUUAGGGUUUCUCCCCAAUCCCUAAUUCUCCAAUCUCAUUUCGAUCAUCAAAGCUCAAGUUUUUUCCUCGAAUUUCUCCAGCUAAAGUUUUCAAUUGGUGUAAUCAUCUCAUCAGUUGAGUUUAGGGCUCUGUGUGUUGAUAAAAUUUCUCCCUUAGGUUCGUGGAGUUUAGUAAUAAUUUCCCUCUCUCUUGUUGUAAGAUCGUGAUUUGGGAUUUUAGGGUUUUUGAUCACUGGUGGCUUAGCUUCAUCGAAUAAGCCGUUAAAGUCGGAAGCUUUAAAGAGUUUCUUCUGUUUUGAAGAAUCAAUUAAGAAUUAGUUUCUAGGAGUUAGUUUCUGUGGACUGUUGUAGCGUGUAAACUAUAUAUAUAAAAGAGACUUAGGGAGGUGAUGUUUGGUGGUUCUACAUUGGCUAAUAACCGUGGAAACAGUGCUGCUUCAGCGCAGCUUGUUACUCCCACUCGCUUUGUCUGGCCUUAUGGAGGUAGAAGGGUCUUUCUUAGCGGAUCUUUCACCAGGUGGACUGAACAUGUGCCAAUGUCACCACUUGAGGGCUGCCCUACUGUUUUUCAAGUCAUUUGCAACUUGACUCCUGGAUAUCAUCAGUAUAAGUUUUAUGUUGAUGGGGAAUGGAGGCACGAUGAGCACCAGCCAUUUGUAAACGGGGAUGGUGGAGUAAUGAAUACGAUACUUAUAACUGUACCAGAUAUGGUUCCCACUAGUUUUAGCCCAUCGAACAUGGAUGUGGAUGAUUUCUCCCAGCGAGUGGCUGAUCCAUCCCAGGAUUCGAUCCCUAGGAUGUCAGCGGUUGAUUUGGAGGUGUCUCGUCACCGUAUCGCUGUUUUAUUGUCAAACCGUACUGCAUACGAGCUGCUCCCAGAGUCGGGCAAGGUUAUAGCAUUGGAUGUAAAUUUACCGGUAAAGCAAGCAUUCCACAUACUCUAUGAGCAGGGAAUCCCUUUGGCUCCUCUUUGGGACUUUGGUAAAGGCCAAUUUGUUGGAGUUCUUGGUCCACUGGACUUCAUUCUAAUACUGAGAGAGCUUGGAACGCAUGGAUCGAAUUUGACAGAAGAAGAGCUUGAGACGCACACAAUAGCAGCAUGGAAAGAGGGGAAGGCUCAUAUUAGCAGACAAUAUGAUGGAACUGGGAGACCAAAUCCUAGACCACUUGUUCAGGUUGGGCCCUAUGAUAACCUGAAAGACGUUACCCUGAAGAUUUUGCAAAACAAGGUGGCCGCCGUUCCAGUUAUAUACUCGUCUUUGCAGGAUGAGUCAUAUCCGCAGUUACUGCAUCUUGCUUCGCUAUCAGGCAUAUUAAAAUGUAUAUGCAGAUACUUUAGACAUUCGUCUAGCUCUUUGCCAAUCCUUCAGCAGCCCAUUUGUUCAAUUCCCUUGGGUACUUGGGUCCCUAGAAUCGGAGAAUCAAGUAGCAAACCACUCGCUACAUUGAGACCACACGCCUCUUUGGGUUCUGCUCUCUCUUUAUUAGUCCAAGCUGAGGUUAGUUCAAUUCCUGUAGUGGAUGACAAUGACUCGCUUAUUGACAUAUACUCCCGAAGUGACAUAACUGCUCUGGCUAAAGAUAAGGCAUACGCACAGAUUCAUCUUGAUGACAUGACGGUUCAUCAGGCUCUGCAGUUGGGGCAAGAUGCGAGUCCACCUUAUGGAAUCUUCAACGGGCAGAGAUGUCACAUGUGCUUGCGCUCAGACUCUCUUGGGAAAGUGAUAGAACGGUUGGCUAAUCCAGGUGUAAGGAGACUGGUGAUAGUGGAAGCAGGGAGCAAACGUGUUGAAGGUAUCAUAUCUUUGAGCGAUGUUUUCAAGUUCCUACUCGGUCUUUGACUACUCAAAACUCUUUUCUCAUUUCCUCAAAUCAAACUACCCAACAGUUUGCUUCUUUCUUUUUUGUAUUUUUUUUUUGGAGUCGGAAUCUGUAAAUCUUUAUACAAACACCUUCAUUGUUUUCUUCUUAUUUAUUUUUGUUUUGUUUAAGUUGAACGUGUUUCCUUCCAUUAUUGUGAAGAUAUUGGUUACCUAAAGCUUUACUGCUAGUAUCUCAGCUUUAAAAUC